AUGCGCACGUACUGUGCCAAGUUUAGAGAGAAGGGCUUAGAUCAUGAAGAUCUUAUGGAUCAGGUAUUAAGAGGGGUUACUUCAACUGGAGCAAAUGAAUGGACACCGGGUGAAAAUGUUGCAAGUGAUCCCGUGCUGGAGGAGGGAAGUGGAGAAAGUGUCACCCAAUCGCUGACAGCAAAUGACAUUGCCAAUCUACCAUACAUUCCUGCUGAAUUUGAGUUGUGA